CAAGGCGGCAGUUAACUACACCACGGCGAUCCAAAGGGUUGCAUCGGCGAAAAAACAGUCGCCCGACUGUGUUACGCUCGCUCGAUCUGUUUUAACUUAUCGAAUCGACUUAAUUAACUCGACACGGACCACCAUACUUUUACUAUUGGAUCCAAAACAAUGAAGACUACGGCCAUAUUUUCAUCACGCUCCUAUUGGCGCUAAAAAACAAAUGACAAUUUAUGGUUUUUAGAUUAAAUUUGAUGCUCCACGUCCAAUGCGGUCAUAUGAUGUGUCCACAUGAACGAAGAGAACGUGCGGCAACAGAUUAUUUCAGAUGCCACCUACCUAGGUGCUGCCACAGUGUUAAGCAUCAUCGGAGUGGUCGGUUUUUUGUUCAAUGCCUGUGUCAUAUUUAUUAUGAUUAGAGACCCACAGCUGUGGACCCCUCAAAAUGUGAUCAUAUUCAACUUAGCAUCAUCGGAUUUUGCAGUGUCUAUACUUGGAAAUCCAGUAACUUUGGCUGCAGCCAUCACUAAAGGGUGGAUUUUCGGCCAAACACUAUGUAUUCUAUAUGGAUUUUUUAACGCAUUAUUGGGUAUAGCAUCGAUAACAACACUCUCGGUAUUGGCGUACGACAGGUACUUGAUGAUACGGUAUCCAUUCAGCUCCCGGAGACUGACAAGAGAGACAGCGCUGUACGCUAUUGCCGGCAUCUGGAUCUACGCUUUCAUAGUGACUGGACCGCCAUUGUUCGGAUGGAACCGCUAUGUGAAAGAAUCGGCUGACAUCAGCUGUUCGGUUGACUGGGAAAGCGGAGAACAUACUUAUUAUGUAAUCUACAUAUUUUUGUUCGGAUUAUUCAUACCGGUCAUAGUCAUUGUCUAUUCAUACAUAGGCCUCGUGGUCACUGUAAGAAAGAGAGCUUCUGAGAAAAUCCUCGGUCAAGCGACCAAAGCGGAGUUCAGGGUAGCUGUCAUGGUAGCCGUUAUGAUUUUGGCGUUUUUAACUGCUUGGUUGCCGUACGCCGUACUAGCUCUUUUGAUUGCCUUCACCGGCAUUCGAAUAAGCCCUACAGCUAGCAUGAUACCAGCUUUGUGCGCCAAAUCGAGUAUAUGUUACAAUCCAAUCAUUUAUAUUGGCCUCAAUACACAGUUCCGUUCGGCGUGGAAGCGGUUCCUGAAAAUCCCUGCGCAUCCGGACGGGUCUAUGGAAUGCGAUACGGUCACUGGCAAUUCCAAACUGGUUGCCGGUCAACAAGACCUGAUGAUAUCAUCGACGAACGUUCUCCGCGACUGCGACACAUCGCCUGCAUCCACUGUAUGCACUUUGGGAGACCUUAACCGCAAUCCUGAGCAUAGCGAAUGCAACCUGGAGAUGUUGGCCAACAUAGGCGGUGUUCACGAGGGGCUCGACAACAGCUGGCACGUGUCAGACGUGGGAGACGUUCCGCUGUAAUUCCACAACAGUGCACUGCAGAGAAAACACAUUAUACAUAUUUUAAUAAACGAUAAUCACUUUUAGCCCAAAACACAUAGGCGUGUGCCUGUGACGCCUACCCCGUGAGCUGGGGGUGUCUGCUUUUAGGGUGGUUUACCUACGUUGUGCUCGUCUUUUACGGGUGUUUUUCUCGUUAAUUAGAAAUUAAGCGAUAGAUAAUUUUAUUAAAUUAUUCUUGUUCAAAAAUCCGUUUCCUGUGCACGCCAAUAUAGGCUAGUGAAAAUGUGUUAAACCCCCUCCUCCUCUCAAUUACACAUAUAUAUUGUUCAACAACACGACAAACAAGAGAACGGCUUUCGGUAAAAUCAAAUUUUAUUAGUUGAAUAAAAAAUAUAAUAUAGAAUAUAUCAUGCAAAUUGUAAUUAGCAUUGUGUGUUAUCACGGUGUUUCAAAAAUUCCUAAAGGACAUUCCAGAUUUGUGUUUGAUUGUUGAAUAGGUACGACGACAUAAUUUUAUUUUACAUUAUACCCGGAUAUCCGUUAUGAUGUUUCCCGAAUUCGCUAAAUAACUAUUACCUAUAAAUUUUAAGCUAACCGCUCGCUCUUGUUGGAACUUAGGUAAUUUCGGUUUUUUUUAAUAACAAUAAUAUUAGGUUCUACAUUAGUUCUAGAAAAUAGUGUUAGAGUUGAGAUUCAUAUUACUGAUAUUUAAAAUUUAUAAAUACUAUAAUUGUUUAGGUAUGUUAUAUUUUUACUUUAAAUUAUAAUAUAUACUAUUGCUAUGAAGUUAUUAUUGUAGAAAAAAAAUACUCGAACUAUGUACAUGGAUAU